CUGUCUCUAAACUGUCAAUUUCACAAUGCUUACAAUAUUUUUUAUUUAUGGUUGGUUUGCUUGUUUUACAGCACUCUUGUGUUCAUUUAUUGGAUUUAUAUUUGUAAAUGAAUCUGAACCUGUUAUCUCAGAAGCGAAGUUAAUUGUAGUAUAAUACAGAAUCCGCCGCUGCGUGCAUACAUUUCGUCAUGGCCGAUCAGAUUGAUGAGUACUUCGACACCGCCCUAGAAUUGGUUAAAGCCUGUGGAAACCUUAUAAAGGAUCAUGUGUCCGGAUGUAAUAAGUUCGAGUUGAAGUCUUGCGAUAUCGAUUUCGUCACAGAAAUAGACAAGAAGGUCGAAGACACGUUAAUCGGCGGAUUAUCGAAAAAGUUUCCAACGCACAAGUUUAUUGGCGAGGAAACUGUGUCAGCUGGUGCCAAAUGUGAACUUACUGAUGAUCCGACGUGGGUUAUAGACCCCGUCGAUGGGACUAUGAAUUUCGUUCAUGGUUUCCCUCACAGCUGCAUAUCCGUCGGGUUUGUUAUCAAUAAAGAACCUGUUGCGGGUAUAAUCUACAAUCCCAUAUUACAACAGCUUUUUACGGCGAAAAAAGGUAAAGGCGCAUUUUUGAAUGAAAGGCAAAUAUAUGUGUCUGAAGUAAAGGAGCUGAAGAAUGCAUUGAUUAAUUUUGAAGCAGGAACAAGUAGGGAUGAGGAGAGAUGUAAGGUUGUUCGAGAGAAUUUCAAGAGAAUCACCACUACUGGUCAUGGAGUGAGGACAUUAGGAUCUGCCGCUUUGAGUAUGGCUAUGGUGGCACUAGGCGGGGCUGAUGCUUACUUUGAAUUUGGAAUACAUGCUUGGGACAUUGCUGCGGGUGCUAUUAUUGUCAGAGAGGCUGGCGGUGUUUGCAUAGACCCGGCAGGUGGGGCUUUUGAUCUCCUUUCUCGUAGGGUGCUCUGUGCUGGCACUAUGGAGUUGGCGCAGGAGCUGGCCAAAACAUUGGCACAAUAUUAUCCAGAAAGAGAUUAAUUUAUUAUUAUCUUAAAUUUGUACCUGUUAUUAUGUGACGAAGUUUGUAUUUAUUUAAUUUGAUAAUUUACUAUUAUCAAUGUAAUAUUUUGCUUUAUUAAAAAAAAUAUUAUUCCCAGUUUAAUUGUAAUUAUGAUGUUUGUCAAUACAUAGUUCAUAUGUAGAACUUGAGAGGUUGUUUUCAAAAAUGUCUAUUUUUAGACUGUAGAAAAUAAUUGAAAAACUUUGUUAAAUAGAAAGUAAAUUGUUAGAUCAAGAGUUUACAGUGUGUUAAAAUCCUUAUUACCUCAACUGUUAUAUUACUAAUUUACAUGAAUUGAAUAUUGGCUUCCAGAGGAAAACAUGAAAUUAUGACCUUGGGAAUAAUGGAAAAUAAUGCAUUAUUCCUAUCAAGAUAACUGAUGUUGUUAUGUAAAUUUCCUUCUAGGUAAGAACACUGAUUUAUGUACUCUAGAUAAGGCAAUGUGAUUUAGUAAUGGUACUUAAUAUGAUGCAAUCUUUUUCCUACCACUCAGCAGAUAUUCCUACGAAAAACACAUACUGAAGUACAUGUUUUGUAGAAAUAUCUGCUGAGUAUAAUCUGCAGAGUUAUGUUAUUGAAAAUAAUAUUCUGACAAGGAAUAUAUUUUUCGGUAAUUUCAUAUUUAUUACUAUGAUCUCAAAUAAUUACAUUAGCUUAAUGAUCAGUUUGUUAGUCGGUUAGUAAUCUAAAACUUGAAAUGCCACUGUAAUUUGAAUGAUAAGAGUUGUUACCAAAUAUACUUCUAUGACGUACUUAGUACCUAGAGUAUAAAUAAAAGAGAAACCAAUAUU